AAUCGAGGUCAAGUUUAACAUGCUGUCUGCUCUCAUGCAGAAGCAAAACGUAAACAAACAGUGACUCUUUUGCAAUUUCUCAUGUCAAAGUAUUGCGAAUGUCUGUCUUAUCCUCUCGUCCGUCAAAUAUAUUUACCUCAGCAAACAGAAGAAGGCAAUGGCAAUCUGGUUUACAAAGACAACAAAGUUUUUCAUUGGACUUUCCUCAGAAUAUUUAUGAUAAUGACAAACUUUCUCGCGGUUUAGAUAGUAACAUCUGUUUUGAAGAGCCAUUGAGAUGCAGAGAAGAGGACAGAGUUUUUUUAUAUUUACCCCGGAAUUUGUCUUAUUGUGAAGUUUGCUCUGAUGUUAUUAGAGACCAUGUGCAAAAAAAAGUAAGACUUCUAAGCACUCGCCUAUGUCAAUAUGAUGAUGUGCCUCCUACUCCAGACUACACUCGACCAAUAUUCGGUGUUGGAGAAGAAAGUGAUGAUGAAGAUUUCAAAGAUGAAAGUAAAGAUGAAUAUCAAGCUUGGUGUACUGCAAACUUUAAAUUAACUUCAGCUCCUAGUUACCCAGGCAAAAGACCAAUUCUAAAAAAGAAAGUGAGAGCUGUUUCAUUUCCUGCUCCUCGUAAAGAGGGGAAAAAAAUUGUAAGAUUUGCUGAUGCUUUAGGUCUGGAGUUGGAGUCUAUAAGAUAUCUUGUACAGAAAGAUUUACCAAAAAUAGUUCCUUCAUGUUCCAAUUUAAAUUCAGAAAAAGAGAAAGCAAAGAAUAAUAACAAUAAUAAGAAAAUCCAAUUAGUCCCUGCAUUUCUUCCACCAUCUUUGAGUAAUUCAUUUGUGGGACGCCUUAGAAAGUUAAAAGUUUCUCUUCAUAGUGUUAGUACAGCUGAUAACACUGUUUAUGGAAUUAUAAGUGUAAUUAAUAUUACUUUUCAUAAAACAGUGUUCAUCCGUUAUACAGCUAAUGGUUGGGCCAGUCAUCAUGAUGAGCUUGCUACAUAUCUUGAAGGAUCUAGUGUUGAGGAUACAGAUAAAUUCACUUUCACCUUAUUUUGUAAUCCUUCAGAUUUGUGUACUAGGGGACAUUCUUUGUUUUUUGCUGUAUGUUAUGAAACAGCCGAAGGUGAACAGUAUUGGGAUAAUAAUGAUGGGAAGAACUAUUGCAUUAAAUGUGAAAAAAGAGAUAUUCCAGUAGUUGGCAAUCACAGUUGGGUUCAUUUCCUUUAAAAAUAAGAAUACAGGGUGUUUAUAAUUAUAUGUUGUAUAGUAACAAGAAUUCUUUGAAAUAAGUCUUAAUAUUUAUAUUUUCUGUGUAACUGGUUGAAAAUGACACUAAAAUAUCAAUGUUAGAAUUCUAGAAAUAAUAUUUACUGUAAAAUAUUGUUCAUUAUACCAAGUCAGUUAGUUUUAAGUUUUGAAUUCAUAACUGUUGCUAUAAAGUUUUCUUGAUAGCCAUUUUAUGUUGAUAUAUUUAGUAAUUAUAUAUAUAUAAUUAUAAUUUAUUUUGUUUUUAGGUAAUUAAAAUAAAUUGCAAGUAAUUAUAAACACCCUGUAUGAAUUUUCCUAUUAUAACAAGCAAAUUAAGAGAGCUUGAAAUAUAUAAUGUUUUGUUUAUAAUGUUAUAUAAGUUUAAUCAUCUUUUUUGUUUUAGAUAGUCGCUAGUCAUUUAUGUAGUGUUUUUCAUGCAUUGAUUUCAUUCUUUUAUCAGACAAAAUAUUUUUAAUUUCAUGACUGAAUUAUUUUGCUACUCUAUCAUUAUAUCAGAUGAUCUUAUUAUUUAUGAUCAGUGCAAUUAUAAUGCAUAUAAUAUUUAAUUUAACAAAAUAUUAAAUAAUGAGAAUGCCAUUUAUAUUUAUAGACUUCUGUUAUGAGAAAUUAUACAUAAUUUAAUAAUAAGUGAAACAGAAAUACAAUAUUAUGAUAAUUAAAAACCAAAUUGUUUUUUGCUUUUUAAAUGUUUUAUUAUCAAAAGUCAUUACUUUCAUUUUGUUUGGAAAGUUAAUGUUUGAAAUGAAUUUAUUUUUAUUAAAUAUAUAUGUAUAUAGUGUUAAGUUUAUAUUUAUGUUUUUUGGCCUGUUCAAAUGAUAAUGUCAGGUGUAGUAAUCUAUCCAUAGGCAGUGUCAAAAUGCACUUUUAACCUUUUUCAAUUAUUUACAUGUUUAUUUAUUUUAACCUUAUACUUCUAUGAUUUUAUUAUUCAUUCACAGUAAGAAAUGGAAAUAAAUAAAUAAAUUAAUUAAUUAAAACCUAGUUGUUUCAGGUAACUAACUGGUUUUCUGGGAACAUUGGUUAUGUUUGAUUUAAGAUAAAUCAUUUAGAUAUGACUUCAAAUCGAUAUUAAAGCCAUGAUGUUUGCCUUUAAGUUCUCUUUAUCGUGUUAUUGCAACUUCAUUUAUCUUGUAAACUACAUAGAUAUUUAAAAGGAUCCUUCGUCUUUAGCUUUCAGUAAUGGAAGAAAAUCAAGCUAUUAAAUAUUUGAUAAAUAGUUUGAAUUCCAGAGCAGCAAUGUAACAUAUUAUAGAAAAUUAAUGUAAAUAAAUAUUUUUUAAAAAUUACUAAAAUUCAGCAAAUAAUAUUCGAAUGAUUAUGAAAUUGGUAUUAUUAGAAAGACUAUUUGAAAAUUUUUGAAAUGGUAUUACAAUUCCUUUUUUUCCCCCAAUAAUAUUUUCAGAGGUUUUCAUGAGAAAACAGUUAAACCUAGCUUAAUUUUAAAAUUUAAAAAAAUGUCACUCUAAGGUGUACAUUCCUAUCUUUCGAAAAAAUUCAGAAAAAAAAAGAUGUUCCAAAUUUAAUGUAGGUCAAACGGUCUGAGCUUUAAAGCACCAAUACACACACUCAUCUUUAUUAAUACCAGAUAAUGCUUGCCUAUAAUUUCUUUACUGAAAUUUCUCAAAAUCUUAAUGAUGAUUUUUUUUUAAUAGUUUAAGAAGAUAAAAUUGCAUAAUGUAGUAUAGCACCACCAUGCAUAUAAUGCAUAAGCUAAUACUGAUUAUAUUGCAAUUUAAUAUUUUUGUGUGUGUUUUAGAUACAUUUAAAGGAUGUUGAAAUUAAAAAUAAUCAUAAUAUAUAACAUGUAUAUUAAUAAUAUUUUAAUGUAUCUUGUAUAUCAAGUUACUAGUAAUAAUAAACAAAUGAUAAGACUCCAGAAAGAUAAACAUAACUCAGAAUUCAAGUUUCUGGUUUUGAAAAUUUACAAUGGGCUACAUUUUGAUAAUCAGAAAUAUUUAUCCAAAACAUUGCUUGACUUUGGAUAUUGUUAAAAUUAUUGCUAUAAAAGUUUCAUCAUAAAUACAGUAAAUUUUCUAAAUAUUAUGAUAAUCUGAAAUUUAGGCAGAGUUUCCAAAUUUGUUUCUGCAAAAAUUUUAUUUUAAAAUCCCAGUUGUAGACUGCUGAGACUUUACUGAUUAAUCAAUAAGGAAUGGAGUUGAAAUUCUCAAAAUAUUCCAAGAGUUUAAACUGUGUAUUUCUGAAAAAUAGUGAUAAUCUUAAUGGAUAGAAAAUAUGCAACAAACAUGAUUUUUUUAAAGUAAGGAAUGAUAAAAAUACCAUAUAGAUAAAGUUGAAUUUAAAAGUGAAAAAAAUACAGAAUUCUUAUCAAUAAUAAAUUUAUACAUUCUUACCAUUUUUUUUAAAGAGAAACAUUUGUUUUCACUUUUAAAUAGUUUAUUUACUACAUAUCUCCUAAUUAAUUCUAUCUGAAAUGGUUCUAUUCUAAAUCUCUGUAAGGAAAUUGAUAGAUCGUCUUUAAUUUUUAAACAAUGUAUGAACUUUUUUUACAUGCCAAAAUAUUCUAUUGUCUAGUCGGUUACUUAUAGGCAGUUGUAACAAAUUGCAUAAAUAUGCAAAGAAAAAAAUCACUAUUACAUUGUUCAACUCACUAGAUUGAUUUUUGUAAGACUUUCACUAUUUAUAUUUGAUUAAUUCAUUUUGCAAACUGUUUAAUUUAUAUGUAUAAGUUGCAUACAUUUUAUAUUACUCAUAGCCAUUAGAAACAAAUAUAUGAUUGUAUUGUUCUUCAAUGAAGGAUUUGAACUUGUCUGAUAAAUCUUUUACAAUUUCUGAAACUUUAUAAAAAUUGUUAAAGCUUAAACAUUUUUAAGUUAUAUUCAAUAGUAUUUUUCAGAGAAUGUAAUUUUCAAAAUAAUAUUUUAAGCUUAAUUUUUUUUAUCUAUAUUAUCAUUAUAGAUACUAAAGGUGAUUAAUCAACAAGGUAUGAUAUUGAAAUACUCAAAAUAUUGCAAGAGUCCAGAUUUUAUUAUGUACUAAAUAUUAUUAAUCAUAAUAUAAUUUAAUGAUUGAUUUAAUUAAAUUUAUUAUAUAGCCAUAUAAAACUUUAACCAUUCAUUUGUCUAUGAAUGCCUCAUCUAAAAACGCUUACAAAUUAAAGGGACAGAAGAAAAAAAUUAGGAUAGCAAUAUUAAUUGUAAAUUUUCAGGUUUUAUCAAUUAAUGUGUUCAUUAAAUUCAUACUGGAGCUAAUUUUCCAGUGACAAACAAUCCCCCCCCUGCAUUAUAAGUGAGGAAGCAAUUAUUUCAAUAUUUGGGAUCUAUACAAAAAAAUUACAUUUUUUUUGUUUUUAGUAACAUAAAAAUAUAUUAACAGUAUCAGCUUUAUUUAAAUAUUUUUCUUAAAUGGAAGUGAUUUUUAAGAUUAAAAUGCUCAUGUCAAAGAAUUUUUAAUUUAUAUUGUUAAUGAAUGCUCUGUUAUCAUAAAGCUUGAUUUAAGAUGUAAUAUUAAAUUUUUAUUUUUAAAACAUAAUCAAAUUAUAAAAGAAGCUAUUCACUUCUUUAUAGUUAGUAUUUUACAGUUACAUUAAUUGCAUUCCUUUUAUUAAUUAUUUAUUAUAUGUUUACAUUUUCAGGACAGGAUGAUGAUGAUAUUCUUGCAUUUAAUAUAGGCAUAAAAUUUGAUAAACAAUUAACAAGAGCUUUAAAGCCAUAUGCAUUUAAAAAACAAAGUUAAAUCAAAUGUCAAAAAUGUGUUCAAAACAUGCAUUGAUAAAUGUUCUCUAUCAGACAACAAAUAUGGUGCUGCAUGUGUUAUGUAUGUGUGGUCAGUGGUGGGUGAUUUUCAACUAAUUUACUUAUAUUACAGGCAUCUAAAAUAAUUUUUCAAUAUCAAAAUAUUAUUAUAGUUGUUUUUUAGAUGAAUUAGUCUUGGUCUAGGCAAAUUUUUUUAAGUAUCAGAAUGCUCAUGCUCACUUGGGAAAAUUAAUUUUCCUAAGAUUUUUAUAAAAAGUUAUAAUAGGCCGACCAAAAUAAAUAAUUUACAAUAUAGCCCAGCAUUCUCAUUACUUAUCAUACUAAACUUUAUUUGCAAGAAAAGAUAAUUCUGCAGAAGAUGUAUGUUCACUUUAAGGUGCAACACAAAAAUAAUUAAUUUUUGUGACAAAAAAUAAAUACGAUCAGGUUUAUUCUCUUUGUUACUUAGAACUUUUUGAUUUUACAUAUCUGGGAAGGGAGAGUAUUUCCAAUUGGAAUGUUUAGAUAAAAAUUACAUAGUUAAUUCUGAAAAUUCUCUACUUUCUAACCACUGACCAUUUUCUCCAUUUAUGAAAUUUUAUACAAUUAACAUUAUCUGAAUAUUUUUUAGUAUUUACAGUAUAAAUGUAUUUCAUUCCUUAUUAUUACUCUAAA